CACAGCUCGUGAAGGAUGCAUUUGAGGCUCAGCGGGAAUUCUUGAGGAUUGCUUCCAAGUCGAAACAGCCUUCUCAGGAUCUCUUGAUGAAAUUGCUGACACCUACGUCCAAGAAGAUUCAGGAAGUUCAGCAGCUGCGCGAGGCUAACAGGGGCAAGGAGCAUUUCAACCAUCUGUCUGGUGUCGGCGAGUCCAUACCAGCUCUUGGCUGGGUGACAAUCACACCGACACCGUCCCCGUACGUAAAGGAAAUGGUCAACGCUGGGCAAUUCUUCACGAACCGUGUGGUCAAGGACUACAAGGAAAAGGAUGCGGAGCACGUGACAUGGACGAGAGCAUGGAUGCUGGCCCUCGGUGAACUGCAAGCCUACGUGAAGCAACAUUACACAACAGGCGUGACAUGGAAUCCCAAGGGCGUCGAUGCGGCAGCUGCAGGAGAGAAGCCAACCAUUGCACCGAAGCCGGGUGCUGGGGCUCCCUCUCCCCCACUCCCCCCGCCAGCAUCUGGUGCACCUCCCCCUCCCCCGCCACCAUCGAAACCUCUGUGGCAGGAUUCACCGGCACCCGAUGCUAGUGACAGCGCGAAGUCUGCCUUAUUUGCCGACCUCAAUAAGGGGCUGGGCAUCACUGCAGGGCUGAAGAAGGUGUCACCCGACAUGCAGACACACAAGAACACGGAACUCAGGGCUGGUCCCACUCCAUACAAGCCUGGUCCGACACCCUACAAGGCGGGGCGCAGCACGGAAGCAGCCAAGCCGGCCGUAGCUGCUCCUAUCAAACCACCUGUCUUCGAACUAGAGGGCAAGAAGUGGAUGAUCGAGAACCAGAAGGACAACAGCAACUUGGUGGUUGAUAAGACAGAGUUGAAGCAAGUCGUGUAUGUCUACAACUGUACUAAUUGUACUGUUCAAGUCAAGGGCAAAGUUAACUCCAUCACCCUUGAUAAGUGCAAAAAGGUGGGACUUGUGUUUGAGAACGCACUUUCAUCCGCUGAAGUUGUAAACUGUCAGAGGACCCAGCUACAGGUGACAGGAAAGGUGCCAACUAUCGUCAUCGAUAAGACGGACGGCGUGCAGAUCUAUCUUAGCAAAGAAUCGAUGGACGUUGAAAUUGUUUCUGCCAAGUCUUCUGAGAUGAACAUCAGCAUUCCCCAAGACGACGGAGAAUACAAUGAGUAUGCAAUCCCAGAACAGUACAAAACUAUAUGGAAUGGUAAGCAACUGGUGACAGGUACGGCUGAACAGACUGGGUAGAGGUCAUGUCAAUCACAUCAAGGCCGUUUUCAACAUGAACGAAGCUUUAUUGAGGCUAUGUUUGAAUUGGGUAACUGAAACCUGCUUAUCACAAGCUGCCUUGGCAAGGAUAUGAGCAUAAUUUUCGUUAAUGAAUAUAUCAAGCAAUUGAAAUUUUACGCAAUGAAGACCGGAAUUUACAUCAUGUGAUUUUUCAUGCUUUAUAAUGGGCAGUUAUAAUGUAAUGUGAUUAUAUUCACCUACGACAAAGGAUAACUGAACCGUCAAACGUAACUGAAAUGUUUGGCAGUGGAUAUAAUUUAGAAUUAUCGUGUGUUUAGCCGUGAUAUGUUAAAGAAUGAGGUCAGAGAAGGUUGGAAACAUGACUUGAGUUUGUAAAGCAGAAAACAGCUUCCAUUGCAUACAUGUUUUCAUAGAAUUGGCAUUCUCUGGCUGGUUGUUGGAAAGAGAAAUAUACCUUACCUAGGAGUAUUAAUUGUAGUAUAUUCAAAUAAACGGGAGAAAAUUCAGGCACGAUAUUGAUUUUGCUGAAUGCAGGUAUUGGUAUGUGUAUUUGUCCGCAUGUAAUACUGGGGAGCCGUGAUGAUCUUGUGUCAAGCUUUCAUGUUUCCGCGUAAAUUUCAAAAUAUUUAUUGUCCUUUUGUGUCCUGGGAUCUGUGGCUGCGGGGGUGUGCCAGUAUUAAUUCAUUUUCUUUAAGGGUAGCAAUGCACAGCAACCAGAAAUGAGCAUAUCUUUGCAGAGCGUUUACUGCUUGUCUAGCAGAAAAAAAUGAAUCCGGGGCCAAACCAUGAUCUCGGUUAUUGUGUCCGGUAUAAGCAACAGUGUGUGAAAACUGUGACGCAUUUCUGGAUGUCACUGGCUCAACGUGAUGUAUUGUGUAGUUCAAUUACGUAUCACGACCUAUUGUGAGGGCGCAUUUUGUAGGAAUAUUGUGAGGUAUGUACAGAGGAUUUUUCGAAUGUCAGUGUUAGGAAAGAGUGUUGUUAUAAAAGGCAAAUGGGAAAAUCCGCAGACAAACAGACUGGCGCAAUAACGUUAUGUUGGCACAAGGUCGUCAAAUACCAACCAGUUCCCUUGAUAGAUGUCAUACCUUUUAGGUGACAAAUAAUAAAUACGUAACUUCAAAUGAUAA